AUGCCCGAAUCAUCAUUGGAGGCCGCUUCUGGCCCAGAGGUAGGCGAGUCCAGCUCAGCGUCCACUGCCCUCGAGGCACAGCUUGCCUUUGCAGAGAAAAAUGUCUCGAUGGUAAUGAACGCCUUCAAGUACGAUGAACUCAUUACGAUCGCCUCCGAGGCUCUAGCGAUACCAGUCAAAUUGACAACGCCGAGCAAGGCAGUGAUCAAGUCACGCAAGAACUUGCUCUGGGCUCGCUCACACAGCUAUCACCACAAAGGUCUCCAUGCACUCGCGCUCAAAGACGCUAGAGCCGCUCUUAAGCUUGACCCGGAUGACCCCUCCUCCUACCUUCGAACAGCAGGGAUGCUUCAUGAUGCCGGUCACAAAGCACAGGCUUUGGCAUGUCUCGAUCGAGCCUCUUCGCUCGCAGAGAGCUUCAAACCUUCGACGAAAGGAAUCUGCCAACGCAAAAUUGAGAAGCAACGACACAAAUUUUCGAAACCGUCGGCGUUCCACAUUGAUCGUCUCCCCAACGAGGUAUUGAUCGCCAUUGCGCGACACCUUCCACAUCGCGACCGGCUCACCAUGAGCCACAUCUGUCAUCACUGGCGACAACUCACCAUCUCCGAUCCGUCCCUGUGGCAGGAGCUAAUUGUAGCUAUCAAGGCCAAGAAAUUUCCUGAAGCAAAGGCAGCUCGAUGGCUGCAACACAUCCGCAACUUCUCAAGCAGAGCCAACAAUGCGCUCAAGAGUGCCGUCUUCUUGGGAUUCUUUCCGGGCAGACUGCUUCGCACCAUUCUAGGCAUUCUACGGACUUCUGCUCACAGCCUUGAGCGCAUCUCCAUCCCCGCGUACCAUCAUGAUGAGUGUUACAAGCUCCUAUACCGCUAUUGUCCCAACUUAAAAUACUUGGAUGCUAUGAACAUUGAAGCAAUUAACAAUGAUCACGACGGUUUGCGGGCCCUUCAAAGACGCGGCGAAACUUCGCUACCGGAACUACAGGUGCAAUCUUUUCAACUAGAAGGCUUCCGAUCCGAUCCCAACGUACCACAUCCGCAUCUAACCGCACAUCUUCACCGCGCCCGGUAUCUUUUCAAUUACAGGCCUGACGGAUGGGACAGCGAAACCGGCGAGGUCCACAAAGAAGCCAGACAAGAGCAGCUCGAACUUUUGCUCUCCCUUGCGAACAAUCUUGAAGAGUGCAGACUCGUCGACGAUUGGCCGUCGCACGAAUUCUUCAAUCCACGCAUACCUGACAGACGCUUUCCACCGGUCACUGCUACUUUUUCCAAGCUGACGAAACUUGACGGUUUCCUGCUGAAUGCCAACUUCAGAUUUGAUUUCCCCGAGCUUCAAGUGCUCGAAGAACUCCAUGUUCUUGACGAGGACCCUCGAGCGGAGGCAAGAGGAUUUCGACGUCACGAUGAGCUAGUGCGUAUGCUCAACACAUGCCCGAACUUGCGCAUCUUGAAGGCCGACUUCUGGCAGCUCGACGGCGAAGAGAGCAAUCUCUUUGCGGCUUUACGAGGCUUGCAUGAGAUUCAGGAGCUUUCGUUGGCCGCAGACGGUCGAAGGAACUUCGUCUCGAAGCUUCUAAUGCCUUACACAUCCGAAGACGAUGCCGGUCAUCGUCAAGUCAAUGCUCCUUGUCCAAACUUGCGUCGGCUUACCAUUGACGCGACCAGGUUGGACGUCACCAAAUUAGCCUUCGUGCUUCUGCAGCGUGACUUGCUGCGGCAAGGCCAAGGAUUCGACGAGGCAAGAAGCAAGGUUCGAGAAACUUUGCGAGCAGCGACAAACACUUCUUCAGCGCCAGCCAUUUCGCCCUUCCAACGUGCGUCGAGGACCAACCUCGUACCUCAAGUCUCACCGCCUGUUGUCGGGCCGCGUUUGGCGGAUACGACAACGAUGUGCGCCUUGGAGUUUCUUCGCCUCUACUCCCUUGAAAGCGUUUCGACUGAGGUUGAGCAGGCGCUUCGCCGUCUUGUGCCCGAUCUCGUCCUCGAAUACGAGCAGCUCUAG